ACGCAAACAUGGAUCUUGAUACACGCUCUCAACGCCCUGAUAAAGCCGAAUGUGCUUCCCCCAUGGCUAAGGGAACCGCUGAUGAGGACUCUGACGCAUCUGCCACUGCGGUCCGACGGCGUUCGAGCUACUAUGGAGUUCGUGUUUGCAGUUCACCCAAGCAACACCGGGAAAGCCGCGGAUGACAGCGGCAGCCGCGGAAAGCAAGGAGCUGCCAUUACUCACGAGGCGGUAGCUGUUGCAACGAAACUGCUGUCCUCUGUCCCGGCGUUGAUGAAUGCCCAGGAGUGGUUUGAUGGCAUAUCUGAUCAGUUACUGGCUCUAUUUGAUGGCGAAGCUGGACUUGAUGUUGCAAAAACCGCGGCGCAGAUUGUAGGCUUCGGCAUCUUGGGCAAAAAGCAAUUCGGAGCACCAGGGGCGCCUGGUUGGAACGCUUUCGUACAGCCUCUGGUAGAAACCAUCAACCCGUCGCUAGAAUCCUCGAGGGAAAAAUCUUCUUUCAAUUCAGAAGAGGCUGAUGAAGUUGUGGAGCUGGGCCGAGAAAAAGUCGUUGUUACUGCUUCAGACCUUGAGAGAUCGCUUAAACGGCUGGAGUUGUUAAUCAUGUCAAACCCAUCACCCGGCCUUUGUAAACGAGUCCUUAAACCCGUCCGACUGCAGCUUUGGGCUCUCGCUUCCUGGAUAAACCCCUCGCAAGAGACCGAAAAGCGCUUCUGCAGGCCUGCGCAGAUUCUUGUGCAGACCCACCUCAGAUUAUUCGGCGAUGUGGACAACAUCGUCCCGUUUAUCCGUAAUAUUCAAUGCAAAGGAUCCCUGGAUGAUGCAGAAGGGUUACGAUGGCGAUACCGCCAUGGGUCUGACGGGGGCAUAGAGAGCACUUGCCGACCGUUUGCCGAACAGAAGCAAGACGCGAAUCUAGACUGGGGAGAGAUGGAGAAGAAAUCGGCUACUUUGGUUGAAUUUCUGAAUUCGGUAUGUACAACGGAAGAAAUUUCCUCGGUUUUCUUAUACCUCCUGCGACGAUGGAUACAGUCAGCCGGCGACCAAAGCAGUUCGACCAUCAAGCUCGUCACUCGAGACGAGGAAGCGGACUCUGCCAUCCACGAUCUUGUCGAUGUGACUUUGCUACAAAAGUUCAUGGACAAGUCUCCGGAAAAACUGAUUAGCCAUUUUGAUCAGCUGUUGGAGCUUAUAUCUCAUGUUUUGCGGGCUGACGGCCAGGCACCCCUUGGAGAUGAUAUCAUCGGAGUUGUGCUCAGUUUACUAAACUUGGUAAUCACAGCGCCGACCUUUCAAAAGUCAGACAUUAACCCAACUGAACUGAAGGUUGUCGAGGACGCACUAGUGAGGAUUGGGGAUGCAGAUCGAGGUGAAGCGUCAACCACUGCGAGCAAUUUGACAAUGCUGCUCAAGUACCGGGAUGAUGUGGAGAAGCCGAAUGACAAAACAGCUGCCCCUACUGCCCGUCAGAUUGAAGAUCGUAAGACUUACAAUCUAGCCAUGAACUACAUUACCGGAGAUGGCGAUAACCCGCCACCAGUGGUAUCAGAGGGCCUCAACCUCUUAUCGAAUCUGAUUGUGGCGGAAAGUCCAAUCUUGGACAUAUCGGCCGUUACAGUACUGAUGUCAAAUCUGUUGAAAGAAAAUGAGGACUACAUCAAUUUACGAGUUAUCAAGAUAUUCACGCUACUAGCAAAUAAGCACCCCAAUGCGACAAUGCAGGAGCUUCUCGACCAUUACUUGGAUGCACAGGAAAGGUCAUCUACAGACACACGCCUCAGGUUUGGCGAGGCAAUACUUCAGGUUAUUGAGAGAUUGGGAGAAACUUUUACCGGAGAAGCCGCCCGGAAUGCGGGCGAGAGCAUGUUGUCGGUUGCAGGCAGAAGGGGAUAUAGACCAAAGACAAUGGCCAAGCAGGCACGAGAGGAAAGGUUGAAUGAGCUGAAGAGGAAAAAAGCGGAAGUUAGCGGAGACGCUGACCACGACACUGAGAUGGCGGGUGAAGAAGAAACACCAGAGGAAAUGGCCAAUAAUGAGAUACUGGCCCAAAUUGUUCAAGGCUGGGAAAGCAAAAGAGGGAGCGAGGAUAUUCGCAUGCGGACUUCAGCUCUUUCCAUCUUUGGAAAUGCCAUUGAGACGAACAUUAUUGGCAUGGGGCCGACUUUGGUCUCAGCAGGAGUCGACCUCAGUAUCAAUGUCCUCGCCAUGGAGCCGGAGCUGGAGAAGGGCAUACUUCGACGAGCAGCUAUCCUCGUUAUUCUCAGUUUUGUGAAGGCCUUGGACAAGGCCAAGGAAUCUGGGCAAAAACUGGGAUUUGGGCUGACAAAUCAGAGCCGGGAGGAUAUACAGAGAACUCUCAGCUACAUUGCAGCAACCGAUAACGAUGGACUGGUCCAACAACACGCACGCGAUGUUGUGGAGAGCCUUGAGAAUUGGGGCAUGGCAAGUCUAUUGCCGAGUCAGGCGGAGGCGAGCGCCGUUCCUGGCUUGACGAGAUUAGCGGGAUUGCACGUAAAUCCUGAAGGUACCCUGGUGGACGCUUCUGGACGGCCACGACCAAGGAUAGAGGAAGUGGAAUGA